AUGGUGAACUGGAAAUCUGGUGAUAGUACCAAUCGCCUCAUUGCGGCCAUCAUCGCUGCUAGCCCGGGAAACAAGAUUGAUUACAAUGCCGUUGCUGCUCUGUUUGGUCAGGGUGCGACUUAUGACUCAAUUGAAGGGCAAUGCCGCAAGUACCGCAAGAUGGCGGAGGAGCUAAGGACUGAUGCGACCAAACAAAGAGUAUCAAUUGCUGGAACUCCCCGUAGUCGUGGAAAGAUCGGUACUCGAACUCCUCAAGAAGCUCAGAGCAGAGUCACCAAACCGCUAUCUGCCUCCCCUACAAAGGGGAAGACCGGCGUUACGAAAACCCCAAAUACUCCCACGAAGAAAAGGGCUAAGAAUAACGUGGAAGGUAGUUUGAUGGAUGCUGAUAUUGAAAGCAACAACGCCAAUGUCGGGGCUGAACCCAUGAAUAUCAUCCCAAGCAUAGAAGAAGCAAAGUUCGAACCUCCUACUGCAAAGGGCCUUGGCUCUUUCGUUGGAGUAGUCGUCCCAACCAAGGUGGAGGAAGUGACCGCUACAGACAAGGAGAAGGAAGCCAUGCGGUCCCGCAGAUCGCAAGCUCCUACCCAGGAUUCUGACACCGAUGACUAUGUGAAUUCCCGGGAGAACUCUCCAAGCGCUGGAAGAGGCCGAGCCCGUACUCGCCGCCCGCGUACAGCUUCAGCUACUGCUAAGUAUGUCGGAUAUGACUUUGGCUUUGUUGAUGAGGAGUUCGCCUAG